AUGUCACACGAAGGUGAAGAAGAUUUAUUGGAAUAUUCUGAUAACGAACAAGAAAUCCAAGUUGAUGCCACUAACAUCAAUGAAUCUGCAGUAGAUGCUACUGUUUCAGAAACUGCUGAAGGUGCAACUACUGAUUCGGAAAAGAAGGGUUCCUAUGUUGGUAUUCAUUCAACUGGUUUCAAAGAUUUCUUAUUGAAACCAGAGUUGGCAAGAGCCAUUAUCGAUUGUGGUUUUGAACAUCCUUCUGAAGUCCAACAACAUACUAUUCCUCAAUCUAUUCAUGGUACAGAUGUCUUAUGUCAAGCCAAAUCUGGUUUGGGUAAGACUGCUGUUUUCGUGUUGUCCACUUUACAACAAUUGGACCCUGUUCCAGGUGAAGUCUCCGUUGUUGUUAUUUGUAAUGCCAGAGAAUUAGCUUAUCAAAUUCGUAAUGAGUAUUUAAGAUUCUCAAAAUAUAUGCCAGAUGUGAAAACUGCAGUUUUCUAUGGUGGUACUCCAAUUACUAAAGAUGCUGAAUUGUUGAAGAACAAAGAAACUGCUCCACAUAUUGUCGUUGCUACCCCAGGUCGUUUGAAAGCUCUUGUUAGGGACAAAUUAAUCGAUCUAUCUCAUGUCAAGAAUUUUGUUAUCGAUGAAUGUGAUAAAGUUUUGGAAGAAUUGGAUAUGAGAAGAGAUGUUCAAGAUAUUUUCAGAGCUACACCAAGGGAUAAGCAAGUAAUGAUGUUUUCUGCUACACUAUCUGAAGAGAUUAGACCUAUCUGUAGACGUUUCUUGCAAAACCCAUUGGAAAUUUUUGUUGACGACGAAGCUAAGUUGACCUUGCAUGGUUUACAACAAUACUACAUAAAAUUACAAGAAAAUGAAAAGAAUCGUAAAUUAGCCCAAUUAUUAGACGAUUUAGAAUUCAAUCAAGUCAUCAUUUUUGUCAAAUCAACAAAGAGAGCAAAUGAAUUGACAAAGUUAUUGAAUGAAUCAAAUUUCCCAGCUAUCACUGUACAUGGUAAUAUGAAACAAGCAGAACGUAUUGCUCGCUACAAAGCUUUUAAAGAAUUUGAAAAACGUAUAUGUGUUUCUACAGAUGUUUUUGGUAGAGGUAUUGAUAUUGAACGUAUCAAUUUAGCAAUCAACUAUGAUUUGACUACAGAAGCUGAUCAAUAUUUACAUCGUGUUGGUAGGGCUGGUAGAUUCGGUACUAAAGGUUUAGCUAUCUCUUUCGUCUCAUCUCCAGAGGAUGAGGAAGUUUUGGGUAAAAUUCAGGAACGUUUUGAUGUUAAGAUUGCCGAAUUCCCAGAAGAAGGUAUUGAUCCAUCCACCUACUUGAACAAUUAG